AUGUGUUUAGAUUGGAAUAAAGCAGGCAAUGGUUAUAAAUUCUCACUUGUUCACAUAUAUAUGAAACGUCAAGCUAUCUUUAUAUCAGAAAUUGAAGAUGACAAAUAUUUAGUUCAUAUUUAUCAAGAUUUUAAACUUCAAAAACAUUUUCAGGAAAUACUCCAAAUGAUAUGUGGAAAGAUUCAGGUUUUAUUCAAAACAAAACUUCAAGAAUUUUGUAUUCCAAAAUGUCUUCCUAAUGAAUGGAAUAAUUUUGAAAUAAUGAAAAAAAUAAAUUCAGAAAUAAAAUUAUUAUACCCACCAGAAUAUGAAUUUUCUGAUUGUGAGCUGGGUGCAUGGUUUUCGAUGCUUCGUGCUGCAGGUUGCCCCAAUAUUACUUCUUGGUUACGAGAUGAAUCUGAGUAUCAAUUUUGA